GUUCGCUCGUCGAUCGUUCAAACUGUAAGUGCUCGACAUGUCCAAUAAAAGCCGCUGCAGUAGCUUAGCAUCAGUCAUAUCGCAUUUAAAAUCAAAGCCGACGGAAAUGGAGAAAAAAAUUAUUGCAAAAAUGUUAGAUUAUAGUGAAUUAACUUGUUCGAUAUGUUUUGAUAUUUUUGAAAAGCCAUCAGAGUUGAACUGCAGUCAUGUAUUUUGUUUCAAAUGCGUAAAAAAUUGGAUGCGUAAUAACAGGUCAUGUCCAAUAUGUCGGCGAAUUAUAAUGGAUCCGCCAAUUGUAUGCAUUAUGUUGGAAAAACUUAUUUCAGAAAUGAAGUCAUCUUCUGUGUCUGUUGAAAAUCGACGUUAUACAAUAGGUACAGUUUAUAAAGCGCAAGAAUCUUCAUCCGCAUCACGUUCGGCUGGUAGAAAAGACCUUAGUCAUCGUCCUCCAUGGAGAUAGAAAAU